AUGAACGUUUAAUAAACAAAGACAUCAUCACUUAAGGACUUUUAAAUCAUUUAAGAGUUAGGAAAGGGAUCAUUUAGUACAGUGUACAAGGUGAAAAGAAUAGCGGAUGGCUAAGAAUAUGCAUUAAAGAAAGUGAAAUUAGGAUCUUUAAAAUAGAAAGAAAAAGAGAACGCACUAAAUGAAGUCAGACUAUUGGCUUCGAUUAAUAACAAGUAUAUAGUAGCCUACAAAGAAGCCUUCUUUGAUGAUGAAUCCAAAUGUUUAUGUACUGUAAUGGAACUUUUAUCUGGAGGUGACGUGUAUCGUAGAAUCACUCAGGCUCUAAAGGGAGGCCCUUAAUUCUCAGAGUAAGAUAUAUGGAAAGCCUUGAUUCACAUGAUUUUGGGAUUGAAAACACUUCAUGAUUAGAAGAUAGUGCAUAGAGAUUUAAAAUCAGCAAAUGUUUUUCUUUCUCGAGAUGGAACUUUCAAAUUGGGAGAUCUGAAUGUGGCAAAGGUAGCUAAGCAAGGAUUUGUUUAUACUUAAACUGGAACACCAUAUUAUGCUAGUCCUGAAGUGUGGAGAGAUGAACCGUACGAUUUGAAGAGUGAUAUUUGGUCCUUGGGUUGUGUUCUUUAUGAAAUGUGUUGUUUGUAAACUCCAUUCAGAGCAAAAGAAAUGGAUGUCCUUUUUCAAAAAGUCUAAAAAGGGUUGUAUGAUUAAAUACCAGCCAAAUAUUCAAAAGAUCUAGCUUAUGUCAUAUCUUUGUUAUUAAAAACGCAAUCUUCUUCAAGACCGAAUUGCGAAGAACUAUUAAAAAUACCCAUAAUCCAAGGCAGAAUGAAGGACAUUGAAACUUGCAUCAAUCAUUAACCAUAAAAUUAAGAACUUUUGAAGACAAUAUAAAUCCCAAGAACUAUUGAUUAAUUGAAUUCUCAAUUUCCAAAAUCUAAAUACGAAAAUGAGGUUAUGAGUUUUGAGAGAAACAUUGAAAAUAAGUCAACAGAAAAUUCCUCAAGUCCUUUCAGAUCUCCACAAUAAAUAACUAAGACAUAGUAGGAUUCUCGAAUAAGCUAAGGAAAAGAUCGAUAAGUCACUGAUAUCACAAAAAGUCUAGCUUACAUAGAAAGACAGAACAAAUAUCCUUUGUUAGUUGAAGGACCUAGACCCUCGGCAUCAAGAAAAAUUGAAAAACCAAAAUCUGCUUAACCUUAACUUCGCUAUGAGAAAGAAGAAAAAGGAUAACAAUUAGGAAAUUCAAGUAUAAAGAAUUCAUAAGUGAAUAAUAAAUACAAAGAGUCUGAAAACCUUAGGAUGAAAAGGGAAAAUGAACUUAAAGCUUUAUAAGAACAAUAAGAUUUAAAAUAUCGAGAGUUAAGAAACUUGAAAUAAGCACGGGAAGCUUCAAAAGGAAUAAAUGCUGAAAAUAGACGAGUUUCUCCUAUUUCCUAAGCAAAAUAAAAUGAAUAAUAGAGACCUUAUCAAUAGUAGCAAAGUGUAUAAAGGCAAUCUUAUUCUCCUAUUACUCGAAAAGUAGAAAUACCUUAAUAUAAUAAUAAUAGAAUAGUAUAAAGUCAAAUAUAAAGUAGACCUCAAAUAAGUCAAUCUAUUAAUAUUAGUAAUCCAAGUUUAUAAAUUCAUUCAUCAAUAUCUCAUCAAGAGAUUCCAACCAGCAAAAGACAAUAAAUCCCACAAUCAGCAGCUCCAAUUACUUAAAAAUACUCAACAAACCAAUAAUAAAGGCCAAUAUCAGAUAGAUAUUAACAUCCGUAAUCCGCAUUACCAUCAAGAGUAGAUUAGCAAAAAUUAGAUAGAUAAUAAGUAUUUCCAGUUCAAGCAAGAGUUGUUAAAACUAAAUAAAUUGAACAAAAAAGUUAAUAAACAAAAUAGACAAGGCCAUUAUCAUCAAAUUUAACACCUAAUGAGAGAUUAGUAAAAUAAGAAUAUUAGCCUUAAUAUAAUUAAAUUCAAGUAAAUUAUAACCAUUAUUAUCCAAUUGAAACCUAUUAACGUCAUGCAUCAGAUUAAAACUUAAUCAGAUAUUAGUAAUUUGAUUAUCAUAUAUUUUAGAAUGUAGAGGGUAGAAAAAUAUGA